AUGAAUGUGGAUUUUGAUGCAGUGUUUGGAGCAAAAUCUACUGCACAAGAAAAUAGAGAGACAACUGCUACCUAUUUCACAGAUGAUGUAUUGCAGCCAACUGUUUCUCUACAAGGCCAAAACUCUGUAUCUGCAGGCCAGCAGAGUGGAAAGUUGUUAGCCAACGAUCUUGAUUCCUCACUUGCUCACCUAGUGGGAAAUCUCGGUUUUGGCGGAACACCAUCAAAAAGAUCUGAUAUGCAGUGGAAUCAGCCUACUGAGAAAAAACUUACUGGUGGGACAAACUGGCAAGCCAGAACAAGCACUUCCACAACAUGGAACCCUGCCCCUGUAGCUCCUGUUUCACAAGUG